GCGCUCUGCUCUGGCGGCUCACCCAACGCACCGCACAAACACUGAAACACAACACAAUAUUAUUACCACGCACUGUCGUACCAAAACGUAACGGGUUCGCGGCUACAGUACCACAGUACAAGUUCGGUCCGGUUCCCGCAACCGUUUCGCCGUUCGGUCCGUGCACCGUGCGCGUCGCGAUCAGUCCGUCGUGGCGUCCUCGUCGUCGUCGUCGUCAUCUUCUCUUCUUGCCGGUCGUUCUUUCUUUUUUUUUACUCUUCUUCUCUCGUUUUCUUUUCGAUUCGAAUCGACAGGACCGAAACAUUCGUCAUAAUAUUAUAGCUGUCGAUGUCGUAGUGCGUUCGACUAUACUUUCUCGGUCGUCCGUGUCGUUAUAACUCGUCCUCAAUGAUAACCCAGUCUUUUCGCGCCGCUCGUCGAGUUAUUGGAUUUGGACGACCGGUCGGCUCUGCAAGGGGUCCGAGUGUUCCCGAAUAUUGCUCGUGAUGCUCAAAAUUACUAUCUCCGACUGCGGUAGUUAAAGCUUAAAGAUGGAAGCUGAUCCAUUGUGUGGUUUGUCCGACUGUUCGUCUACGUCGGUUCGGUCGUCGUGGAGUAGUUCAGCAGCAGAGAACAGCGAGGACGAAUGGCGGCAUAAGGUCGAUGAGUUGCGGUGGUACAUCGAUCCGUCAUUGAUGCAGAAUGGCGAUACUGUCAAACACAUCAGUAAAUACGAGUUGUCGGAGUUGGAAAAACGUGUGCUGGAAGCGGAAACAAGGGCCGUGGAAGCGGAAGGAAAAGUGCGUGUUAUGGAGGAACGGCUACAAGCCGAAUGGACUACUCAUCAACCUGAUCAGGCGGAAAAAGAACAAGCCAUUAGCAAGCUGGCGACGCAGGUUGAGGAACAGCGUCAGCUGAGGCUUCAAGAUGCUAAAAUGGUUGAAGCCAAAGCGGCGCGCAUCAAGGAAUGGGUGACCAACAAACUAAGAGACCUAGAGGCUCAGAACCAGCACCUCAGAGAGCAGAACCACAAGUGCAACCAGCAGCUUGAGCUGCUCAGGCGGCACAUGGCUCAACUGAGCGCCGACAAAAUGGCUGUGAGUGCUUGUGCCGGAUCGUCGUCACCGCGCAGCAGCACAUCGUCUUUACACAGGGCAAAUAGCACUGGUUCUACACACGCCCUGUCCGACAACGAACCGGUUUACGCCCAGGUAGACCGGCACCAAAAGAACCGGACACCCGAACGGUCGCAACGAACGCACCGGCGGCACAUGUCCGCCUGUGUCCAAGUACCGACUAUCGAGUCUGUCGAUGGACCAGACAUGCCUGUCCACGAACAGUUAGUCAAUGAUCUAACCACCGCCACCGAUUCGCUCAACCUCAACGCCGCGAUUAGACCGAAAUCCGUGUGUAUCGAGUCAGACAUCGCCCACGACUACGCGGAGAUUUACACGCCGAGCCGAGAAAAAUUGCCAUGGGACAAGGCGUGCAACAAGCCCCCGACGCCGCCUUUGCAUAGGUUCCCAUCCUGGGAAUCUCGAAUCUACCAAGUGGCCAACGAAGGCCUUUCGGCGGCGCCCACGGAACCGACCAUGACGGCUGCUGCCGUUGUACAUCCAACCCGAGUGGUAACGUCGCAAGGUUAUUGUGAUAUAAGCGUUCCGGUGUAUGCCACUGUCAAAGGCAGAGCCAGUCAAAUCAGGUCCAGCCCAUUUACCGGUGACUCGUCAGACGACUCUAGUGACGGCGAAGGGGAGCACACUAACACAGCAAACACGCACAGCGUGGCCACUAGAAUCACAAACAGUAGUAGCACUGACAAUACUGACACCUCUUUGUCCAGUUCCAGUCCCAGUAAGAGUCACAAGACCGCGUCGACGUUUUCACCGAUCAAACACAACUCCUCCGGGUCGCCAUCGAAAAAUACUUCGAUGGAGUCGGGCAUAUCGGACGACUACGCGAUCCCACCUGAUGCGAUGUCAUGUGGUGAAGAUUCGACGGAAUGGUCGUCAUUGGUGCUUAGGUUGAACUUGAACGGUGCUGCAGUUGUCGCAGAUAGUCCGAGUAGAUGUGCCAAAACGGGUAUACUCGACAAAUCUGGACAUUUGGCCAAGCUCGGUGGCAAGUUGAAGACGUGGAGACGACGAUUCUUCGUUCUCAGCAAUGGCAAACUUCGUUAUUGGAAAACACAGAAUGAUAUAGCGCGCAAACCACAACGUGAAAUCACAAUCGACGAUUUAUGUCGAAUAACCCGAGCUGAUGGUGCUGCUACGUUCGAAAUAUCGACAACCAAAAAGACAUUUUACCUAACAGCAGAUUCAAUUGCUGCCAUGGAAGAUUGGGUUAAAGUUUUACAAAACGUUCAAAGACACAAUGCUACCAAGUUGUUACUGAACAACGAAAACAAUAAACCGACUAUUCAAGGAUGGUUAACUAAAGUGAGAAAUGGACAUGCUAAACGGUGUUGGUGUGUACUCGUAGGAAAGACAUUUUUAUAUUUCAAAUCCUCAACAGAUACGAGUGCAUUUGGACAAAUCAACAUGCGUGAUUGCCGUGUAGAAACCGUUGAUCAUGUUUCAGACUCUGAUAGUGAAGAACGAGAUUCCAAUCAGCCGCCAACAAUAGCUUUACACCCAUCACAUCAAGGUCCUCCAACUUAUUUACUGAUGUCUUCUAAACAAGAAAAGGAUUCUUGGUUAUACCAUCUUACUGUAGUUUCGGGAAGUGGAUCGCAAUCUGGAUCACAAUUUGAACAGCUUAUUCAAAAACUAAUGGAAGCAUCGGGAGAUCCAAAUUGUGUAUUAUGGAAACAUCCAACUCUUUUGCACUCCAAGGAAGCAAUUAGCUCACCAUUGACUACUCUAUCUAUUGAAUCUUUACAAUAUGAAGCCAUUAAAUUAUUCAAGAGUUGUCAAUUAUUUAUGUCAGUAGCCAUUGAAAACGCUGGUAUUGAUUAUCAUGUGGUAUUAGCACAAAAUGCAUUACAAUUAUGCUUGGACAACUGGGAACUGCAGGCAGAGUUAUUGUGUGCUUUAGUUAAGCAGACGUCUAGACAUGCUUCCCAUAAACACGGAGUCCAGCAACUUUUAUUGUGCGCCACACAGUCGCUGUUCACGUGUGAUGCUGCCCUGGCUUCGUCACCUACUAUCAGCACAACCCAGUCAGUAGUGCCCGGAUCACCAAACCACAGCAUGACAGCACCAUCAAGCCCAGCCACAUCAUCAUUACUAGACCACUGCAAAGCCAAUCCUCCCACCUAUGUGUUUGUCCAAGGUUGGCAAUUGUUGGCGCUCGCUGUGUCUCUAUAUGUACCAAAAAACACCAAACUCCUUUGGUUCCUCAAGUUGCAUUUAAAACGCAAUAUUGAUAACAAGACUGAAUGUGGAAAGUACGCUGCAUACUGUGAACGUGCGCUUGAACGAACAAUAUUGAAUGGAACGCGAGAAGUGAAACCAUCCAGAAUGGAAGUACUAUCAAUUUUAUUGAAAAAUCCUUAUCACCACUCAUUGCCACACUCCAUACCUGUCCAUAUGCUAAAUGGAACCUACCAGGUUGUUGGUUUUGAUGGAUCAACUACUAUUGAAGAGUUUUUGUGCACACUUAAUCAAGAAACAGGGUGCCGAGAUAGUCAACAUUCAGGUUUCACAUUGUUUAGCGACGAUCCUAUUGAAAAAGAUUUAGAACACUAUAUUGAAUCGCAAGCAAAGUUGUGUGAUGUUAUUUCUAAAUGGGAAACGGCAUUGCGUGAAAAGGGUUCUGGAAAAUUUGAAAAUACUAGAGUCAUUCGACUCAUCUUCAAGAACAGGCUGUACUUCAAAUCAUUUGUGAAGAAGGAAUCUGACCGUGAGAGGUUGUUGCUUUGCUAUCAAGUAAAUCAACAAGUGGUCCAAGGCCGAUUCCCUCUUACCAAAGAGCUUGCAUUAGAGUUGGCUGCUUUGAUGGCACAGAUCGAUUUUGGUGAAUUCUAUUGUGAUAAAAAUCGCGGUAGUGGUGGUACUACUAAAGAAUUACAAGUACUUCAAGCACUUGAUAAAUUUUAUCCAUUCCGAUACCGUGACGGGGCUUCCCAAGAAGCAAUAAAGCACCUUCAAACUGGUCUUCAAGAAAAAUGGAUGUCUCUAAAAGGAAGGAAUUUAGUUGAUUGCGUUAGGAUAUACUUGACUUGUACAAGAAAGUGGCCAUAUUUUGGAUGUACUCUUUUCCAAGCCAAAAUGAAGCAUGGAGAAAAUACUGUGCUGCCAGGUACUAUUGUAUGGUUAGCUGUAUCUGAAGACAGCAUAAGUCUGUUGGAAUUGCGUUCAAUGCAACUCAUUGAAACAUAUAUGUUUGGGCAAGUUCUGACAUUUGGUGGUUGUCAGGAUGAUUUUAUGUUGGUUAUAGCGUCUGACUCUGCUAUCAUAGAAUCCCAUAAACUUUUGUUUUCUCUGAGCAAGCCAAAGAUCCUUGAAAUAACAUUGUUGAUUGCUGACUACAUGAAUGCAUUAACUCAAAACAGCGCAUCACUUAGCGGUACACUGAGUCGUAACAUGCAGCCUGACAUAUUAAAAGCUACUCCAGAUCAUCAAUUGCAUAGAAACGAUUCACAAAUUAAGAAGCGUAUAGACUCAUGACAAUAAAUGUAUACAUAGUAUUUGAAUUAUUAUGUGCCACACUAUAUUAAUCGUUGUGCUUGCACUUCGGCCAUAUAAUAUAACAAUAUACCUAUUACAUUACUACAAAAUGAAAUACAUUUCAUUAUUUACAGUUUUAAUUUAAUGCUAAUACAACAUAAUUAUUUUUUUUAUUUAAGUAUUUUAAUUUAGGCUAACAAUGCCAUCAAUUUACAAAGUUUAAUUUUUAGCAAAUACUCGUUGAAUAACGCACGAAUGCAAAAAGACUAGUAACUUUAGGUGUUAUAAUAUUAUAUAAAAUUAGCCUAAAAAUUAUGUUACCAAGUGGUUGUACAAAAUCCAAUUAAUAUUGUUAAAAAAAAAAUAAAAUAAAAAAAAAUAAUUAUAUUUUCUCGAUGAGGUACUUAUGUGGCCAUUGAUAACUGACUGCCAUUGUUAGCAGGGUUUUCAACCCCAUUUAGCAUGUAUAUUCAUCAUUAAACACCAUUUUAUCCUGUAACGAUUAAUUAACUUUAAUUUGAUAAUUUGUUACAAUUCGAAUUUAUACAAAUUGGAGUCUGAUGAAAAAUGUGUUCAAUUUAUUAUUUUGAAUGCCUCCUUAAAAAUAAUUUUACUGUUUUAUUUUUAUUCUUAUUUAUUUUUAUCUGCCAAACUAAUUUUGAUUUUUAACUAUGGAUAUUCACGAGUACAUUUCAAUCCAAAGAAUAUUGUACCUAUCUAAUUGUUUUUUUUUUUUACAAGAUUUUAAAUGAAAAUAAAACUUUUUUGUUUUGUUUUUUGUGCUUAACAGACUUAACAUCACAUUUUUACUCUAAUAAACGAAAAGGUUGUGUUA